CCGGGCCCCUUCUCGCAGCCGCCAGCCCACCUGCUCCCCCAGUCAGCACCGCGGACAAACCCCCUCGACGGGCCCCGCAGCGGGCUCGGAGAGGUCAGCGCCCCCGGAACAUGGCCACUGAGGUCCACAAUCUGCAGGAGCUCCGGCGAAGUGCCUCGCUGGCCACCAAGGUCUUUAUCCAGAGAGACUACAGUGAUGGGACCAUCUGUCAGUUCCAGACCAAAUUCCCCCCAGAGCUGGACAGCCGGAUCGAGCGGCAGCUCUUUGAGGAGACUGUGAAGACCCUCAACAGCUUCUACGCGGAGGCGGAGAAGAUUGGGGGCAGCUCCUACCUCGAGGGAUGCCUGGCCUGUGCCACGGCCUACUUCAUCUUCCUCUGCAUGGAGACCCACUACGAGAAGGUUCUCAAGAAGAUCUCCCGCUACAUCCAGGAGCAAAACGAGAAGGUCUUCGCCCCUCGCGGCCUCCUGCUCACAGACCCCGUGGAGCGUGGGAUGCGGGUCGUAUCCUUCCUGAUGUUCCUUGUGAGGGCGCAGAGCUGCCAGCCAGCGGGGCCCCUGGUGAGGCUGCCAGGAAAUGGGGCCACCCUCGGGGCAUCUGCUCAGGGGUAUCCUAGGGUUCCCCACACCCCUGGUCAUCGGCCUCCCUCCCUCACCAUAAGUUAGUGCUGUUUGUGGAUUUUAAGGUCUGCUUUUAUUGAGCUGCAUUUAAUCAGUGCUUAAUCCAUGCCAGGUAUCAUAGUAAGCGCUUUGAAAUAUGAAUUCAUGUACUUCUCAUAAGAUCCCUACAAAGUGGGUAACUUCUUAUUGCCUUUGUAGCUGAGCCUGGCUCAGGGCUGCCCAGCUGGUGAUCGCCAGAGCCAGGCUCUGUGUGCAGGCCCACUCUUCACUGCACUCACACGUAACCCUCAUUGAAGCCCACGUGGCAAGUCCUGUUGUCCCCCUUUCACAGAUGAGAAAAGUGAGGUCUCGGUGGGCGGCUGACCCUCGAGUGGGUUAUAGGUCUGCUCACUCCACCUGGUCAAGGUGUACACACAUCCUACCUUCCAGUCAGCAGCAGGGAGUAGAAUUGUUUAAAAAUAACUUUUACUGGAAAAGUGAGAGGAAAAAGAGUAAAGAAUCUCACACUUACGAAGCCCAAGGAGAGGCACUUCUUGUCACUGAGUCUUUACUAUGUGCCAAGUACUGUGUUUAGUGCUUUACAUGCUUCAUCCUCGCAAUAACCCCAAGAUUCUAUUAUUAUCUCUGUUUUACAGAUGAGAUAAUUGAUGGGUAACAGGUGACGUGAUUGGUCAAAUGUCACAUAACUCGAGAGUGGGCACAUUGACAUUUGAACUCAGGACACCCAAGUCCUCACACUUCCUGUGCAGUAACACCCCCUCCCGGGCACAUCCUGGGAUACAGUGAUUAGACCCACUAGAAUGUAAGCUCCUGGUCCUGGCUGUGCGCAGGCGCCUCUGAGCUGCCCGAGCGCAGGUGUGAGGAGGGGCCUGGGUCUGGCUCCCCAGGCCUCCGAGUCCUUACUGUCUGGGGAGCAGCACCAGCUCUGUCUCCCGCGUCCCUGCUGGCCUUCAUCAGCCGGCUGCUGUCCGCUCGCAGCCCUCCUUAACG